CCAAGUACAUUUACAGCACAAUAAUGUUUUUCUUUUUUGUUAUGCGGUGCGAAAAUUUGUUGUUUACUUGGCAUGGAAAUUAAGGUUAAGCGAAAAUUGUCUAAAUAGAAAAAAUCGAACCACAACAAUAAGCACUCCCAACAGUAAAGCAAUAGAAUAGCAAUUUGAAUACGUAACAACUUACCACCGAUUAACAAUGAGCUUCCCAUUGACGAAUCCCAAUAAGGAGACUAUCCGCGCAGCCUGUAAGAAAUGUGGAUAUGCAGGACAUUUAACUUACCAAUGCCGGAACUUUUUAAAGGUUGAUCCCAAUAAGGAAAUUGUAUUGGAUGUUUCCAGCACAAGUUCGGAUUCGGAAUUGGACUACCUCACACCGUUAACAGAGCUGCGCAUGAAGGAGCUGAAAGAAAAGGAAGCCGAAUUGUUAAAGGCAAAAAGCGAGAAAAAGCACAAAAAAUCCAAAUCAAAAAAGAAGUCGGCGAAAUCGUCAUCUUCGCGAAAACGUAAAAAAGGCAAAAGCAGUGGCAAAAGUAAGAAGCAUAAAAAACAUAAAGAAUCCUCAACGUCGAGUGAAAGUAGUAGUAGCAGCAGCAGCAGUAGUUCAGAUUCCAGUAGCGAAGAGUCAGAAACUGAAUCGGAUUCCAGCGAUAAUGAAGAGUCGCCCACCAGCAGCGACGAUGAGUAUGGCCGCAAGAAAAAGAAGCAGGGCAAGUAUAAACGCAAAGCUGAUACGCCGGCUAUGCGUCGUAAAAAAACGCGUGUGAAGUGCAAACGACGUCGCGCCUCUGCACGGCCCUCCAGCAGUGAAGAGGACGAUACAAGCUCUGAUUGAGAUUGGUUGUGGCCACUGUGUGAUUAUGCGAGAUUAGUUGGUUUGACAAGAAUAAUUAAGCAAUAACAAAUCGCUCAUUCCUGGUUAAACAUAUAUACAUAUAUACUUGCGUUAAUAAAAUUAAAUAUACAAUAAUAGCAUAUAAAGUUAAAUUUAUUUUAAAACGAAAAUUGUUUUUUUGGAAUAAUCUUGCUUAUUUAAGUAUUAAUAAGUUAAAGUGCCAAAAUCGAUGACCAUCUCACACAAGCUGUAACCAUGUAGGUAUGUAGUUGCCUAAACAACCACUGCCCAAUAUUCAUAAUAGCUAAUUAUUACACUCGAACCUAUUUAAAAAGAAAAUAAUUGUAACAAGUCCUAUUUUGUCAUGACGUUGACCGUAUGUAAGCAAUACCCAUGCAUACUUAACAAUACAUAUUUGUAAAUAUGUUUAAUUAAAUGUAUGAUUAGUUAAAUUAUAACUCUCAGCGGAAAUUUCAAAGAAUGUAGCCUAAUUUUAUGACACAUCUUCAUGCAAACUCGAUUGUGGAACCUUUGCAAAGCCUUAGUGUGUAAAUACCAUUGUUAAAGCAAAGACAAGACACUCAUUUAAUAUUGUAAACAAUAAUAACAAAAAUAUAAACCAAUUAUGCUAUAAAAAAAUAGAUGACUGAAAAAUUAUGUACAUAUGUUUGAGUCGCACUUAUUGAAUGUGUUUUUAUCGUUAUAAAGGCGUUAAGAGGUUAGGGGUAGUCAGAGGCCCGAAAAAGUGAUGAUUUUCAAUUUUUUUUGUUAGUCAGUUGCUUUGUUUUACAAAAAUAAAAUACAUAGCAUUAA